UUCCAAUCACACACUGUUGCUUCUCGCCCACGUGACCGUAUUCACGACGCGUCGCGUAUUUGGGAAGAGCGAAGAGCGUGUUUACAACGUGAAUGUUGGAUUUCGACGAGUCGCACUUGUUGUUUAAACUCGUCAUCUCGAAGCGCCUGCAACGCUCCAUGCAUCCAGUGAAAGGAUGCCUCUUCAGAAAUCCUUCUCGGAUCAAAACCAUUCAGCAAAGUCGAAGCAUCAUCGACCGCAAUGGAGCCGCAACAAAAGUUUCCAAGGGCCGCAACCCAACAGACCCAGUCCCAAACCAUUACAGGAAAAGCCACCGAUUCCGGUAUCAACAGCUACGAAGAACAAGCUCAGCAACUUUCAAUUUCAUGGCCCGCCCAAUGAUGGCAACAAUACUAAGGCUGUGAUCAGUCUCCUCUCGGACGACGAGAAAGAGAACGAAGGAGCAAAGAAAGAGAAAGUUGAUGAGAUGCCACGGGAGAUCCCAAAGAAUGCUUCGCCAGAGCAACCUAAGCUGCCCGAGCCAGCACCGAAGGAUGUCCCAACAACACCAGCAGGUCGGCUUGCGUUGACAGACUUGAUUGGGAUGGGCGAUAUUCGACGCGCAGUACAAAAUAUAUCACCUGAUGAGCGGAUAGAAUGGAACCACGAGAAAGACCUGAUGCCUGGGUCAGGCUCUGCAUUUGGUGGUAUCAGGCGAGCGAGGAAGAGAGCAAGGAGUUCGUCUCCUACCGGAUCACCUUCAGCCCAAAGCUCACCUCACCUCAAUCCCAAAUUCGAAUUAAUAUCAAUAAAACCUCAAGUCGAUCCUGGUUCCGAGCUUUGGGGUCGAUAUUCUCUGAAUGGAUCGAAUGCUCGAACUCCCCAAGGGCCGUCGAUCCCAGCAUUAGCACACUUGAUGUGCACAUCAUCACCGCAACCUUCCAAAGAAGGUGUGACCCCUCGAUCGGCAUCCGGUUUUAGGAGAGCCAACAGCUGUGGAAACCAGUUUCCUAAACGCCGGAGGGUAGGUGGAUAUGAAGGCGACGACGUCUUCACCGAAUCAGCUGCCAUUGGGCCAUCGAAGCUGGCUGUUUUGAUCGAGAGGGUCCAAGAGGGGCUAACGCCGAAGCAAGCUUCUGUGUCGACUACGUCUUCGGAAUCCUUCCACACGCCCGUUGACCAACCAUCACCUCACAUUGAAGAUACCAAACUGGUUGAUGACAACCGCUCUGGAGAUUCCAAAGCUGCUCAUCAGCCUCGUCCUCCGAGAACUGAAGUCGAUAAGCCGAAGACAGAAUUUACCAUUGCUGCACAGGCGCCGAAACCUGAUAUAUCAGGUUCAUCAGAUUACGGAGAGUUCGAUGAUGACGAACUCGAUGAGAGUUUAAUGGAGAUCUUUGUGGAAGGAGCUGCACCCACCCCCCGGAUGUCUCCAAACCCGCGUCCGCAAACUCUUGACAAAACACCAGACCGAUAUAGACCACCUCCGCAAGUGAAGACUGCUGAAUCUUUUGAAUCGGGGACUUUGAAGUCGGGAUCUGAUGAGUUUGACGAUUCGGACGAGGACUUGUUCUCGGUAGAUCUCGAGAACAUUGCGUCUCAAUUUGACACAAAAACCCACAGGAAGAGUAAAGCCGUGUCGGUGGGAGGGGCUGGAGCUUCAGGACAGCGAGAGGCUUUGGUGAGAGCUAAGUCAGAGUCUGAAGAUGAGUUUGGGGAUGGUGGCCUAGAUGAUCUUGAUUUGGAAGCUGCGGAAGCAACAGCGACACAACACAUCCAACAGACAGCUAAUAGCCUUCUACCUGUACCCAACCCAAAAAGCUCAGGCCAUUCAAAGGUACCUGGUCACCAAUACCCUAGACUCUGAAUAUGAAACUCCAAAUGGGCGAAAACAACGGGAAAAAGUAAUCACUCGAUCCCCAUACCUGUGCUUGUCUAACCAGCAUAU